AUGGCCCUCUGGGAAGUGGAAGCCUGGGAGGUGGAGGCGGUGGUGGAGGCCGUGCAGGAAGCGAUCGGGGAGGAGGGCGCGUGGGUGCAAGAGCUGCUUUCGCUCCACAUGAGCCAGGAAGACUUCAACUUGGAGGACUUCAUUUCUUCGUUGAAGCUGCUGAAGAAGCGGGAGACCCGCCGCUUGCUGCAAUGCGCGAACUGGGACUGCGAGUUCCGGAUCCAUGAGGAUCCAGCAUACGGCGGAUACUGCUGCAAGCAGUGCCACCUGCUUCAUGUGAAAGGGAAAAGGAAGAGGAAGCUACUGCAUGGGGGCAAGUGUGGCCAGCAUGACGGCUCCAAGCUGAAGCUGAAAGCUUUGGGGAUGCCACCAGCCCAGCCCCAGGAAGGGGUCGCUCGCGUGGUUGCAGGCGAGGGGCACCUGAGCAUCCUGAGCUCAGCUCCGGCAGCUCCGGCAGCUCCAUCAAGCGCUCAGGAAGGGGGAGCCGGGGCCUGGGCUCUGUCCUUCCUUGAGCACCUGGACGAAGCUCCUAGUGGCUCGAGCGGCCCGAGCGGCCCGAGCGGCCCGAGUGGCCCGAGCGGCCCGAGUGGCCCGAGUGGCCCUAGCACCGGCGCCGCGCGCGGCGGCGCAGCUCUCGAGCGCCGGGCUUCUCCAAUGUCUGCUGCCACCAGUGACAGCUGCAAAGAACAUGGGCAAACCGGACUCGAGGAGCAGCAUGGGCACCACAUUUUCUGGGCGAAGAACGUGCUUGUGAUCGUACACUGCAAUGAGGAGCCCUUCAGAAGCUCCUUCGCCUGUGCGCGGUCCUGGGCAAACUCUUUCUUUGCGGAGGACAUCACCCACCAAGACGACGUGGAGGAGUCGUAUGAAGGAUUGCGGGACGCCAUCCAGGCAGCGUGCAGCUACACCUCCUCGUGGCCAGGGGUCUUCCUGCACCAGGUCUCUGUGCAUCUUGACGGCUCGCCACUACUUGCCCUUGGUGUCGGCAGCACAAAGGAGCAUCGGACGCGGGCGGCGCUGGUGGCGCUCAGCGCUGCUGCGUGUGUGGGCGGCGAGGAGCCACAGGAUGAUCGGUUGGGGGAGAUCGUCGCCUUCGCACAGAAGCGCGCGCGGUGCCUCACUUCCGGCCCCACCUCCAAGCGCAAGCGCGAGGUCGAGCCUAGCAUGCGGGAGGUCCUCGAGAAGUAUGGGGGCUCGCAGUUGUCGGAGCUCUUCAGUCUGCUGGUGUCGGCCAGUUCCAGUCAAGAAGAUGCCAAGAAGCAGAAGGUGGCGCGAACAUCAGAGAAGGAUGCCCCGAUGGCAAAGGAGGAAGAGGAGUUUGAAUAUGUCGAAUGUUCAGAUGCGGACGAGCAGCAGGCGGAGGAGAUCGAGCACAUGCGGGUACACCGGGUACGUGCACAGCUGGCCACCUCCUUGCGGCGCAACAAGUCUGAGAAGAGCUCAGACUCCGUGGCCAAAGGAGCCGCGCCGAACCUGGAGGAUAGCGCUGGAGCUUACAGGGCGCCAAUGCCCUCGAAGCCGAAGGCCCGACCGCAGGCGCGGCCAGGGGUUGUUCCACCGAGGCCAAAAGCCAAGCCGCGGCCUUCGCAGGCGAAGCCUUCAGCCUCCCCAAGGCAUGCUGCCACGCCGCCCUCUCGAACGCCGAACGCUAGGCCGCCGCUCGUACCCAAGGAGCCGCCGUAUCCUCCGCCGCACGUGGCGAGCGCGGAGAGUGUGGCGAGCCCCCUUCCCUCGGAGGCCAUGAAAGCCGGCAUGAGGGUCCUCUUCACACCCAAGACGCAGAUCACGGCUGAGCAGCGUUUCGCUCCGCUGUCGGCGAUGAAGGACAAGGUACAGGCAUUGGCAACAAGCACGACGUGUCGGCACGUCCCAGUCGAUGACCUGAACUUCACGCAGAGCUCUUGUGGAGAUAGGUUCACCGAUGGCAAAAGCUUCCUUGAGCUCCUCAACGGCCUCUUGUCAAAAAAGAUUAAGCUCUCCGAGCCCUUCCUGCAGCUGAGCUGCGUGGAGACGAGCGCUGGCAUCAGCAGCUUCAACAACCGCAGGCUCUUCGUCCUCAAGCAAUACCAGCGUCUGGUGAGCUUCCCGGUGAAAGUCAGCUGCAAGAUCCACGCAUUGGAUCCCGUCCUGGAAAGCUUCGUGGAGAUGUGUUUCGACGGACGCCGCACGAAGAAGCAUCUGGCUACGCAGCUGGCACUGGUCAAGGACAUUAUGCGGCACCGGGAUAAUCACUUUUCGAAGGACAUCAGGGUACGCUACAAGAGCUGUAUGGAACGCACCCUGUGGCCAGCGCGCGUCUGGGACUUCUGCCCGAAGCGCCCGAACACGUGGAAGAGGAGGUCGUGGGUCGGUGAGGUCACGGAGGACAAGCGAGGGGCUACUACGCCGGCUGCUGAGCCAGUCGAGUGCAGCCCCGCCUCCGAAGCUCGCAGCCGGGCUUCGGCGGAGCAGGACGCCGAUGUUGGCCCAGCUGCUCUGGGCGACGAGGAUUCUUUUGGCUACCCAGAGAAUUCCGACGCCGCGAUCUCCAUGGUUCAGCCCAUGUUGUGCACAAUCGUGACACAAGUCUCACACGAGUACGCAACCGACUUCCUGCAGAGCAAGGAGGAGAACAAGUCCACUGUGAUCCGCCGCUGCGGUGUGGGAUUGGUCAUUGACUCUACAGCCGGCCUCGUACUCACGGACCGCUACACAGUACCCCAGCCGCUGGUGGAAGUGGAGCUGACCUUUGGCCAGACCGUGACGGUGAACGCGACCUGCCUCUUCAUGCACCCGCACCACAACAUGGUGCUGCUGCACUACGCCCCUGCAGCUGUCAAAGACCUGCCCGUUCGCGCGAUCGACCUCAGCGAUGUAGCGGCCGACUCGGCCAAGACGGACGAGCUGAGCGCAGGCCAGAUUCUCUCCUUCGUCUCCAUCCACUCGGACCACCAGCUCUCGGCCAAGCAGGUGACGGUCGGCAGCAUGUGCCUCAAAGUGUGGCCCUUUCCUCAACCCCCGGCUUAUCGCGGGAGGAACCUGGAGAUUUGCAAUUUGAACGACACGCUCCACGGUUUGGGUGGGCUUCUUAUUGAGCCCGCUCCGUCCUACAAGAUCAGGGCCUGGUUUGCGCAGUUUCCGGCAGGCAGCCUUCGAUACUUGGCCGGCGUGCCAGUUCAGGUCUUUGGUGCCGUGCUGACCUCCCUCGGCUUGCCGCUCCAGGGGACCUGGGCGGGAAAGCGGGGUCCGGCAGUGGACCCCACCUUGGCGGUGGCCGCCCUGGAGUGCGAGUUUGAAGAGGUCUCUUUGGCCAAGGCACGCCGAGAGGACGGCGUGCCCCUGGAGAAUGCCCGUGCGCUGGCUGCUUGCAGCUCAGGCGGUCGGCGGCACAUCCUCCGCGUGGGCCGGAUCACCUCAGGUGGCGGCUGCGAUGGCGUUCUCCUGGAGGGUCACUUGCCUGCGGUCAUCACCUUCGACCUGGGGCAGGGACAGCUACCAGUGGUUCUCGCGUGA